AUGUUAGAAUCUUGUUCAGCUCUUUUUCUUUUGCUUCUCUGUCUUUUUAUUCUCAUUCUUGUUUCUGCCUUUUGCCUUUCUCUCUCUCUCUCUCUUUUGCUUUUCUCUGUUUUUUCUCUCUUUUACUUCUCUCUCUCUCCCUUCCCUCGCAUUUUCUUUUCUCUCUCCCUUCUCUCACUUUUUCUUUUCUCUCUCUCUUCUCUCUCGUUUUUGCUUUUUCUCUCUCUCUCUCUUCUCUCUCGUUUUUGCUUUUUCUCUCUCUCUCUUCUCUCUCGUUUUUGCUUUUUCUCUCUCUCUCUCUUCUCUCUCGUUUUUGCUUUUCUCUCUCUCUCUCUUUUCUUUUUCUUUUCUCUCUCUUCUCUCUCUUUUUGUUACACUUUUACUUUCUUGCUCUUUUUUCUGUUUUUUUUUUAUUCUCGUUCUUGUUUCUGUCUUUUGCUUUUCUCUCUCUCUUCUCCUUUUCUCUCUCCUUUCUUUUCUUUGUCUCCCUUUUCCUUUUCUUUCACUCUCUUCUAUUUUCUUUCUCUUGAUCUUCUCUCUCUAUUCUCUCGAUCUUCUCUCUCUUUUGCUUUUCUCUCUCUGCUCACCCUUUUGCUUUUCUCUCUAUUCUCUCUCUUUUGCUUCUCUCUCUGCUCACCCUUUUGCUUUUCUCUCUCUGCUCACCCCUUUUGCUUUUCUCUCUCUGCUCACCCCUUUUGCUUUUCUCUCUCUGCUCCCCCUUUUCUCUCUCUGCUCACCCCUUUUGCUUUUUCUCUCUCUGCUCACCCCUUUUCUUUCUCUUCUUCUCUCUUUUGCUUUUCUCUCUCUGCUCACCUUUUGCUUUUCUCUCUAUUCUCUCUCUUUUCUUCUCUCUCUCUCCCUUUUGCUUUUUCUCUCUAUUCUCUCUCUUUUGCUUCUCUCUCUGCUCCCCCUCCUUUGCUUUUCUCUCUGCUCACCCCUUUGCUUUUCUCUCUCUGCUCCCCCCUUUUGCUUUUUCUCUCUAUUCUACCCUUUUUGCUUUUCUCUCUAUUCUCUCUCUUUGCUUCUCUCUCUGCUCACCCCUUUGCUUUUUUCUCUCUCUCCCUUUUGCUUUUCUCUCUAUUCUCCCUCUUUUGCUUUUCUCUCUUCUCCUCCUUUGCUUUUCUCUCUCUGCUCACCCCUUUUUGCUUUUCUCUCUCUGCUCACCUUUGCUUUUCUCUCUCUGCUCACCCCUUUUGUUUUCUCUCUCUCUCUCACCCUUUUGUUUUUCUCUCUCUGCUCACCCCUUUUGUUUUUCUCUCUCUGCUCACCCCUUUUGUUUUUCUCUCUCUGCUCACCCUUUUGCUUUCUCUCUCUUCUCUCUUCUCCCUCUUCUCCCUUUUCUCUCUCUGCUCACCCUUUUCUUUUCUUUUCUCUCUCUUUCCAUUUCUCCUCUUCUCUCCCUUUUCCCUUUUCUUUUCUCUCUUUAUUCUUUUCAAUCUCUCUUUUCAUUUUCUCUUGAUUUUCUCUCUAUUCUCUCCCUUUUGCUUUUCUCUCUCUGCUCACCCCUUUUGCUUUUCUCUCUCUGCUCACCCCUUUUGCUUUUCUCUCUCUGCUCACCUCUUUUACUUUUCUCUCUCCUCUCUCUUUUGCUUUUCUUUUUCUUCUCUCUUUAGCUUUUCUCACUCUAUUCCUUCUCUUUUGCUUCUUUAUCUCUCUCUUUUCUCUCCUCAUUCUCUCCUCAAACUAAUGUAA